UUUGGAUGAUUCUGCGAGAAACUCACAGAGUGAGGCCUAGACUUGGACGUGAUCUGACAAACUUGGCUCAAGCACGUUUCGGUGGGCUUCGCGGAUCUAUUGCAGCCCUCUCACAUGGGCGUUUUGAGGGUUCAGGCUCCUUGCGUCACAUCGCAGGCAACAUGAGCACCUGCAUCCAGAUCAUAGAGGGCAUGGUGCCGGGGAUCAACCGCCUAGCGCUGAAGGGCCACAUGGAACAGUUUGGCCAGGUGGACCUGGUACACAUGGGCAAUAGACAAAACCCGGAAGAGGAGCCGCCGAAGGUUCGCUUCUCCACCCCUGAAGCUGCCCAGAGGGCACUGGAUGCCAUAAAUGCGGGACAAGUCGUCAUAGAUGGCAUGCUGCUGAAGGCGCAGUACAUGCAAGGCAAGGGCAGGGGUAGAGGAGCCCCGCCCACAGCCACAGAAAGAAAUUUAGAGGUCACUAGCCGUGAUCUGUUUCUUGAGCGUGAACGCGCGAGAGCACAGCAGCGAGAGCGAGGAAAAGAACGAAGUCGCAGCCGCGACCGUAGCCGGGGCCGCAGGAGGAAGCGGUCCAGCAGCAGCCGGUCACGGCGCCGCAGGAAGAGCGGCAGCCGAAGCCGAGGUCGGAAGAGGUGAGUUCGCAGAUCCGAGUCAUGGAGCCGGAGAUCCCGAAGUCGAAAACCGGCCGGCUGACACUGCGGAGCUUUUGAGCCACUCCCGCCAGAGCUUAUCGUCAAUUCUUUGGAGAAAACAUCAAGAUGCUUUAAGCAACUGCGAAU